AUGACUGUGCUCCAUCAGUACGACUAUAUCUUUGCGCUGACCCUCAUCUUCACAUUUCUCGAUGCGUGGAACAUUGGCGCCAAUGAUGUCGCCAACUCGUUCGCCACGUCCGUCUCUUCAAGGUCGCUGACCUUGAAGCAAGCCAUGGUGGUCGCCUCGGUCUGCGAGUUUGCAGGCAGCAUUGCGGUGGGCGACCGCGUGUCCGACACGAUCCGCACGAGCAUCGUCAACCCACACCUAUACGAUGCGUCCCCCCAAGUGCUCCUCCUCGCCAUGAUGUGCUCCGUCAUCGCGUCCUCCAUCUUCUUGACCUUUGCCACGAGGUAUGGCAUGCCCGUGUCCACGACACACUCCAUCAUCGGAGGCAUCGUCGGCGCCGCGGUAGCGAGUGUCGGCAUCGACAAGGUGCACUGGGGCUUCAACGGCGUCUCGCAGAUCUUCGCCACCUGGAUCAUCGCGCCAGGAAUCGCCGGCGUCAUUGGCGGACUCAUGUUCUUCUUUACAAAGACACUUGUCCUGGCGAAGCCGACGGCAGUCAAGCGAGCCUUCUACACAAUACCCUUCUUCACCUUUGCGACGGUCGGUGCCAUCGCCAUGCUGGUCGCAUGGAAGGGCGUCAAGAGCCAGGACAUGUCCACCCCUCUCAUCAUCAUUGCCGUCCUCGUGCCCGCGACCGGCGUCGUCGUCCUGCAGGCCUGGUUCAUCAUGCCCUUUCUCUGGGUCCGCAUCAUGCGCGAGGACUGGACCUUGCGAUGGUACCACUGCCUCAAGGGGCCGUGGCUGCUCAAGCGCGAGCCGCCGCCCCCGACACCGUUUGGCUAUGUCAAGCCGCAGAUCAAGGAUUACUACCGCGGCCAUCUCACGGCCGAAGAGCUCGCCUCCGUCCGCGCCUCCGAGACACUUCUCCAGUCCGUGCAGACCCCUGACGACCAGCCACCCUCCAACGAUGUGCCUGAGUUUCUGGAGCUGCCCAUGCCCGCCAUCCAAUCUAAUUCACCAUCGCAUCGCCGGCCGACACCGCCCCGGGAAGUGAACGGCAGUAACAUGGAUGCCUUUAUCCCCCCCCGACCGUCAGGGCAGUGGAACAGCUGGCCCGUGAUCGGCUGGCGCGUCAACCGCUUCCUCCUGCGCGGGAUCGAGGCGGACGUGGUCAGCAUGCAGAAGCGCAACCUCGUGCUCAAGUGGGAUAUCGAAGACAUGCACGCCCGCGCGGCGCACUUUGACAACCGCGCAGAGUACAUGUACUCUGCGCUGCAGAUCCUGACGGCGGCGGCGGCAUCGUUCACACACGGCGCCAACGACGUGAGCAACGCCAUCUCGCCCCUCAUCACGGCCUACGAUAUUUGGUCCCAAGGCGAGGUGGUCGACUCGCUGCAUGUGCCCGCCUGGGUGCUCGCGUUUGGUGGCACCGCCAUUGUGCUCGGGCUCUUGACGUUUGGGUACCACGUCAUGCGGACGCUUGGUAACCGACUGACCCUCAUCUCGCCCAGCCGUGGUUUCUGCAUGGAGCUGGCGUCUGCCGUGACGGUGCUCAUGGCCACGCGCCUCAAGCUGCCUGUCAGCACGACGCAGUGCAUCACCGGCGCCACCGUGGGGGUUGGCCUCGCCAAUGGUGACUGGAAGUGCAUCAACCCCAAGCUCGUGGGGUGGAUCUAUCUGGGGUGGAUCAUCACCGUGCCUGUGACGGGGAUUAUAUCAGGGUGCCUCAUGGGCACCAUUCUUUGGGCCCCCAACUGGGGUAUUCAAACCGUAUAG